CCCUAAUGCUUUACCCAUCCCAAAUGCGAAAAAACAUUCAGCUGCGUGAAAACCUUGCCCGGGUUGACUCAAUCGGCGAUUUGAGAGAGAAGAUUUUGAUUUUGGUCUACCCUUCCACUCAUUAGUCCUCCUAUUCGGGAGGGCGAAAUCACCGAGAAGCAGCAGUUGUGUGUGAGUUUUCGCAAUUUGGGGAGGAGGGUUUCGCGAUUUGGGGGAGGAGAAGCUGUAGUAGAGUGCCCCAGAGAUCCGAUUUUCUCCAAAAAUCAUGCGAUCCAGAAGUUGUCCAGCUGCAAAUCCGCCGUCAAGGCUCCCGCCGACGGUCAAAAUCGAUGCGAUCGGUCUCGAUCCUGAUACCAGAGCAAUCAAGGAGCGUCUCUUCUCAGAUUCAAAGGAGCUCCAAAUCAUUCCGAUCGUCGGCGCCGGCGGAAUCGGUAAAACCACUCUCGCUCGAACUAUUUAUCAGGAUCACUUAAUCAUAAGAAGUUAUGAUAUUGUUGCUUGGGUUACAGUAUCUCAGAAUUAUAGCUUUGGAGAUAUUUUUAAGAAUUUGCUUGUUUCCAUGAAAGAAUUUGUGAGAGAAGAUAUUAAAUCAGAACUGAGCAACCAUGAAAUUGCUGAAAAAGUGUAUCAAACUUUAUACUGUAGGAGGUAUUUGAUUGUGAUAGAUGAUAUGUGGAGUGAGAAGACUUGGGAUGAAGUCAGAAUCUAUUUUCCUGAUAAUGUUAAUGGAAGUCGAAUCAUUUUAACCACGAGGCUGGAGGAUGUGGCUGCUUGUGCUGACUCUUCCAAGAAUUUUCAUCAGAUGAAGUUCUUGAAGGGUGAUGAGAGUUGGGAUUUAUUGAAGAAGCAAGUGUUCAAAUCUGGAAAUUAUCCUCCCAUUUUGGAGAAGAUAGGAAGGAAGAUUGCAUUAACCUGUGGAGGAUUGCCCCUUGCAAUUGUUGUGAUUGCAGGGAUUUUAUCUGAAGUGAGUCGAACCGAAGCCGAUUGGGAACAAGUUGCAAACAACUUAAACUUAGCCACCACUGCACAUGAGGAGAAGUAUGCUGCAAUCUUAGAUUUGAGUUAUACUCAUUUGCCUCAUCAUUUGAGGAGCUGUUUCUUGUACAUGGGAGCCUUUCCUGAAGAUUACGAGAUUCGAUCUCAAAAUUUGGUGAAGUUAUGGGUAGCUGAGGGUUUUGUGCAAUCUGAGGAAGUAGCAGAGGAGUUUCUGAUGGAUCUUGUCAAGAGAAAUCUUGUUUUGGUGAAGAAGAGGAAGUCCAACGGCCGAAUCAAAAGUUGCGGCCUUCAUGAUCUGUUGCGUGACUUGUGCUUAGUGAGAGCGGUGGAAGAGAACUUUCUUCUGUAUUUCAUGGGUAAGUUUGUUCUUCCUGAGAUUUUCGAAGAUCAAGUCCGCAUUAGUGUAUCGUAUUCUGAUAAUCUUUUAGAGAUAGACGGCUCAACCAUCCAAACUAUCAUAUGCUACCAAAGAAGUAAAAUAGACUCAUUGGAGAAGUUCAAAUUGCUCAGCAUUCUAGAUAUGGUGAAAGCUGAUCUCCCUGUUCAAGUGUUUGAGCUUCUCCAGUUAAAACAUUUGGCCCUCAGCUCCCCUACUGUGAUUCCAUCUUCAGUAUUAAACCUUCAAAAUCUCGAAACCUUGAUUAUCUAUCCACGAGAACCAUGUAUGGUGACUUUACCGGAUGAAAUAUGGAAGAUGUCGCGUUUAAGGCAUCUCAUCGCCUCCUCAUUUCACCCCUUACCCCAUCCAGACGGUGAAACUCCUCCUUUACAAAACUUGCAAACGCUUUCACUUGUGACGAACUUUGUAUGCAGUGAAAGGAUGGUGGUAAUGAUUCCAAACAUUAAGAAGUUGGGGAUAUGUUACUCAGAUGAGAAUCUUGAUGGGGAAUGGAAUCUAGAAAAUCUUCAAUGUUUGGAUCAACUUGAGAAAUUGAAAAUGGAGAUACGCGGCGACUUCCCUUCAAGGCCAUGUCUGAAACCUGGCUUUUAUCCUGAGUUGCUGAAAAAGUUAACAUUGAGUGGUUGGCGGCUUCCUUGGAAAGAUCUGAGUACUGUUGGUUCGUUGCCUAAUCUUCAAGUGCUGAAAUUACAAAACUACGCUUGUGACGGAAGCGUUUGGGAAACAAGUGAUGAUGGAUUCAAAGAGCUGGAGUUUCUUCUGGUUGAUGAAUCAAAUCUUGAGGAAUGGUCGACAGAGAGUAGCCACUUUCCAAAGCUCAAGAGUCUAGUAUUUCAACGGUGUCCUUAUCUUAGCGAGAUUCCGGAUGAUAUUGGAUACAUUCCGGCACUCGAACUGAUUGAGGUUGAUGGCCGGAACAAACAUCUGGUGGAAUCGGCUGAAAGGAUACAAAAGGAACAAGAAACGGAGUAUGAAAAUUACAGCAUUCGAGUUCGUUAUUGAUACUAGGAUUUUCAAACUCUUCAUGUAUUUUACAUGAGGGCCUUGUGAAGUUAUGCUACUAAUUAUUGAUAUUUAUAUUUAAGUAUAGAAAAUAAAUUGAGAUA